AUGGAUGUCACGAAUGAGGCCCUGGAAUCGCUGCUCAGGGGCGGGCAGGAUGCCUGGGGCCUGCUGCUCUCCUUUCCCUCCCUGCGGCGCCUUCGCCUGGUUGGCUGCAAGCUAGGCUCAGGCGAGGGGGCCGGGGAUGCCGUGGCUGCACUGCUGAGGCGCCUGCCCAUGUUGGAGGCGCUGGACCUUGGCUGCGACUCCGAGCCGGGCACCGAGGUGCUGCUUCAGUUCAUGGCCUCCUGUGGGCCCAGGCUGCGCGAGCUGGCGCUGACGGUGCCCACCGAUUACAUUUCGCCGACGUGCCAGCUGGAUUGGAUCUGGAAUGAGUUCCCGAUGCUGGACCGUAUCGUGGACAUAUUGCGUGACGAUGCCGCUCCUAAAGGGGAGGAGGACUCUGCAAAGCUGUCACACUAG